AAGGACACGCUUCCUCUCCAUUUUGUGAGCGCACGAGAGAGAGGCAUCCCGUCCGCCACCACCACGAUGCGCUCCAUCUUCUACUCUCUGUUGUCGCUGGCGACCGUGGCAUGCACUCUGGCUGCAGACACGCCAAAGGCAACAGCCACGGCCGAUGACGACCUGGAUGAUACGCCCUCCGAGACUACUUUCAAUGGCGAGACUGUGCCGCCCAUGAUAGAGCUGGCGCCAGACACCUACGACAAAGAAACAAGCAAGGGUAACUGGGUCGUCGAGUUCUUCUCUCCCUACUGCGGCCAUUGCAUGCGCUUCAAGCCCAUCUACCAGACCGCAUACGAGUUCUACUAUACGUCGAAACCCUUUCUGUCGGCUGACGAUUCCGAUGGCGAUUCCCUGAAUUCCUUUACGCGAUACUACGACUUCAAGUUUGCAAAGAUUGACUGCGUCGCCUAUGCCGAUCUCUGCGCCAAACAGAGUAUUGUAAGCUACCCGACUAUGAUCUACAUCCAGGAUGGCAAGGUGAAGCAGAAUGAGGCCGGCGAAAAGGACAUGAAGGAAUUGAGCAACUGGAUAGAGGGCCUUUUGGAGACGAUUCGGCCUGGCACCCGUAAGGAGGGUGGCCCUAAGCUACCAAAGGUUGGCGCCAACUCCGUAGAGACUGGCCCGGAACCCAAGGAAACCGCCAAGGCAAAGGCCGACGACAAGAAAGCUGCAACGGCAACCGUUAGCAAAAGCGCAACUCCAAGUCCCACACCCACCAAAGCGAAGAAGACAUCUCCCACACCGGCUAAACUGGCUUCGAAUGCCAACCCAUCGGGCGCAGUCGUCGCGCUUACGACGGAGGUCUUUGAUCAGCAGGUCGUCAAGACCAAAGAUGCCUGGUUUAUCAAAUUUUAUGCGCCAUGGUGCCACCACUGCCAGGCUCUUGCGCCAGCCUGGGCGAACCUCGCACGACAGAUGAAGGGAAAGCUGAACAUUGGAGAAGUCAACUGCGAUGCGGAGAAGAAGCUGUGCAAGGACGCCCGUGUUCAAGGUUACCCCACCAUGCUCUUCCUCCACGGAGGCGAGCGUGUCGAGUACCACGGCCUGCGCGGGUUGGGUGAUUUGCUCGACUAUGCUGAAAAGGCGUCGGCGAUUAGCGCCGGUGUGCCAGAUGUGGACGCAGAAGGGUUGAAGAAGAUGGAGGAGACCGAGGAGGUCAUCUUUGUCUACUUUUACGACCACGCGACCACUUCCGAGGACUUCCAGGCCCUCGAGCGACUUCCUCUCAGCCUGGUUGGCCAUGCUAAGCUGGUCAAGACACAGGAUUCGGACCUAUUUGACCGUUUCAAGAUCACCACUUGGCCGCGGUUGAUGGUGGUACGAGACGGAAAGCCCACGUACUACCCGCCACGCACGCCUUUCGAGAUGCGCGACGUCAAGCAGGUUCUUACCUGGAUGAAGUCGGUCUGGUUGCCAAUUGUUCCGGAAAUGACUGCUCUGAAUGCUCGCGAGAUCAUGGAGGGCAAGCUCGUUGUGCUGGGCAUCUUGAACCGAGACCGUUCCGACGAGUUGAUUCUUUCCAAGCGUGAACUGAAGAGCGCUGCCUUGGAAUGGAUUGACAAGCAGGAUACCGCAUAUCAGCUCGAGCGCCAGGAGCUCCGUGACGCCAAGCAGCUCCGUAUCGAAGAGGCUGAAGACAAGGACGACCAGCGUGCGCUCAGGAACGCAAAGUCCAUUCGUAUCAACAUGGACGAGAUCCAGCGCCCUCAGGUUGCUUUUGCUUGGGUCGAUGGCGUUUUCUGGGAACGCUGGAUCAGGACUACGUAUGGCAUCGAUGUCAAGGAUGGCGAAAGUGUCAUUAUUAACGAUGAAGAUAACCGCCGCUACUGGGACACUACCGUCUCUGGGGAACCCAUCCGCCUUUCUCGUGCAGCCAUUUUGGAAACGAUCAAAAUGGUCACUGCCAACCCUCCCAAGAUCCCCCCCAAGUCUACAACUGGACGCGUCAUGGGCACGCUCUUGUCUAUCCACCGCUUUGUCGGCAACCAUCCUUUUAUCUCGAUGAUCAUGUUCAUCGCCACAUUCCUCGGACUCAUCCUUUUCGGCAAGUCGAGGAGAAGGCGGCAAUUUGGCAGCACGGGAUCAUACUUCCAGCUGGGAGAGAAGGAUGGAUUACUGGGUGGCAUGGGCAACGGCAACUUUGGAGGCGCAAAGCAUGACUAAGGACUCGAGGACUGGCGUUUGGUGUAUAGGAAUAUGUGUAUUAUACCUUGAGAUUGAUUUUGGGUGGGGGUCAUGUGUUAGGCGGCGUGGGAUACGUAGGACUGAAUGCAAUGUCCAACGUUGACGGUCAAGUUUACUCCCCUGUACUCGGUCCAGACUACAGCAGCUGUCGUGGUCUUUAGGAUUAUCAACGCGCUAACCGCAAGCCAGGAGAUGCUAGUUUACCCUGCCAUUGGCCUGUGAUCAGGAUAUCGCUCCAGCACACAUACGUGUCGACGCGCCGC